AUGGAAGUUCCUCUCAAGUAUCGAGCUUUAGGUGACUUUCACGAGUAUUACAGUGGCAAACGCAUUGCACCAUACCUCACAUUGUUCGUUGGCGGAAAUCAUGAAGCCAGCUCGCAUCUGCACGAGCUGUACUACGGCGGCUGGGUCGCACCGAACAUCUACUACCUUGGUGCAGCAAAUGUGAUACGAUGUGGUGACUUGAGGAUCGCAAGCAUGAGUGGCAUCUGGAAGGGCUACAGCUACAAGAAGCCUCACUCCGAGAGGGUGCCAUACACACCUAGUGAGCUCCGGAGUAUCUACCAUGUUCGAGAAAUCAAUGUGAGAAAGCUUUUGCUCCUUCAAGAACAGGUGGAUAUUGGUAUAAGUCAUGAUUGGCCGCGCGCAAUUGAGUGGAGCGGAAACCACAAACAGCUCUUCAACUUCAAACCUCAUUUCGAGCAGGACUCUAGAGAUGAAAGGCUUGGAAGUGCCGCCGCCAAAUAUGUCAUGGAUAGGCUUCGACCGCCCUACUGGUUUUCAGCCCAUAUGCACGCCAAGUUCUCUGCCAUCGUGAAAUAUGGCAAGGCAUCAAACGACUCCGACCUCGGUAAACAUUCGUUUUCAGAAACUUUGAAUGGCACAACACCUGACGAUGUUCUCAACAAGGACGAAAUCAACCUCGAUUCGGAUGGUGAUGGAGAUACACCAGCACCUAUGUCUCAAGCCUCUAUUACUGUGAAGAAUAGCGACGAGAUUGACCUAGAUCUGGACGACGAAAGUGGCAACGAAGUGUCUCCCACACUCGAGCCUGCAGCAUCCAGUACGGAACCUUCUUUGACGAAUGUCACCUCGUCGAAACGCAAUCUUCCCGAAUCCUCCACAGUCUCCGAUGACCUCCGUGCCCAACUCCCCGCCUCAUUUACCCGCCCCACUACACAAUACACACCCACCCGCACCGCCCCUCACAACGCCCCUCUUCCCCCACCACCGACUAUCACCAACACAACGACCUCCUUUCUCGCCCUCGACAAAUGUCUCCCGAACCGCAAAUUCCUUCAGCUCCUCACCGUCUCCCCUCUCCAUCCCUCCUCUCCUCCCCUUCCACCAAGACUCUCCUACGACCCAGACUGGCUCUCGAUCCUCCGCGUCUUCGGGCCUCACAACCCGCACCUCUCCUCUCCCCCAAACCUAGGCGAAAGCGCCUACCUCCCUCUCAUCGCCGCGGAACGCGAAUGGGUCGACGCCAACCUCGUCGUCCAAAACAAGUUGCAAAUUCCAGAGAACUUCGAGCUUACGGCGCCGGUGUAUGAAGGGGAGGAGAUGGGAGCGGUGGGAGUGGAGCAGCCCAAGGAGUUUUCGAAUCCUCAGACGAUGAGGUUUUGUGAGUUGGUGGGGAUACGGAAUUGGUUUCAUGAGGAUGAUAAGGAGAAGGAGAGGUGGAGGGAGAGGAAGAUGGCGGUUUGCGGGCGGAACGGGAGAGUGGUCGUGGAGGGAGGGGUAGGGGAAGAGGUGGUGGAAGAGGAGGGGGUGGCCGUGGAGGUGGGGGAAGAAGUGGGCGAGGAGGAAGAGGGAGGGGACGCUGGUAAGAUAAACGAGGUGGGAUAUGGUUCAACGGCCAAGAUACGCUGUUUGCUAUCCUGCUAG